AAAGGGUUAAUGGUCCCACCGGGGCUGAGGGCUGAGGUGCGACCAGGUCAGAUGUUCCUCCAAAGGGGACAGCCGGCUGGGCUUAGCCGGUGAGCAGGCUGGGUGCAGGGCUGUCCCGGUGCCUAUUUAUAGCCCGAGGGUUGGGGGGCGGGGAGGCGCUGCCUGCUGCAAUGUCACCCGCGUCAUCUCUGCUGGAGGCGCAAGCUGCGGGCACCUACCGCUGCCCCCGGAGGGGACAGAGGGGCCCGGGCCCUUCAGGGACCCCCGGGUGCACGUGAGGCGGGGGCUGGCCAGAUGGGCAGCACCUUGGAGCCCCCUGGGGGGGGCUACCUGCAGCUGGGGGCCAUCAUGUCCCCCGUGGGCACUGCCCGCGUGCUACAGCUGGCCUUUGGCUGCACCACCUUCAGCCUGGUGGCCCACCGGGGUGGCUUCGAGGGCGUCCAGGGCACCUUCUGCGUGGCUGCCUGGGCCUUCUGCUUUGCCCUGUCGGCGCUGGUGCUGCUCUGUGAGCUCACGCAGCUGCACAGUUGCCUGCGCCUGUCCUGGGGGAACUUCACGGCGGCCAGCGCUAUGCUGGCCACAUUGCUCUCGGCCACCGCGGCCGUGAUCUACCCGCUCUACUUCACCCGCAGUGGGUGCCUGCCUGGUCCCACCGGCUGCACCACCCGGGACUUCCGCCUGGCGGCCAGCGUCUUCGCAGGGCUACUCUUCCUGGCCUACACCGCCGAGGUGGCACUGACGCGUGCGCGGCCCGGCCAGGUGGCCAGCUACAUGGCCACGGUGUCGGGGCUCCUCAAGAUUGUCCAGGCCUUCGUGGCCUGCAUCAUCUUCGGGGCGCUGGCCCACGACAGCCAGUCUGGGCGCUAUGCCGCCACACAGUGGUGUGUGGCUGUCUACAGCCUGUGCUUCCUGGCCACGGUGGUCGUGGUGGCCCUGAGUGUGAUGGGCCAUGCCGGGGGCCUGGGCUGCGCCUUCGACCGCCUGGUGGUGCUGUACGCGCUCCUGGCCGCGCUCCUGUACGUCAGUGCGGCUGUCAUCUGGCCCGUCUUCUCCUUCGACCCCAAGUACGGCCAGCCCCUGCGGCCACCAGACUGUGCCCGCGGCAGCUGCCCCUGGGACAGCCAGCUCGUCGUGGCCAUCUGCACCUACGUCAACCUGCUGCUGUACGUCGUGGACCUCGCCUACUCCCAGAGGAUCCGCUUUGUGCCUGCCCUGUAGACCCGCCAGCACCGUAGGGCGAGCAGGUGAACAAAUGGACUCGGGGACCGGCUGGAGGCUCGGAGCUGCUGGGGUGGGG